CUCUGGGUGUCUUUCUUUCAGAGGGCUAUGCCGCAAACAUACAGUAACUCAAAACCUCGACUCAUCGUAUCCGCCAUCACGGGCAGGCCGCAGACAGACAGUCAGACAUUUCCCUCGACUACAGAACGACGCUCUCUCCUCUGCACUCCACAUUUUACCAGACGGCCACAAUACGGAAGCUUUCUCCGGCUGAACAACGGUCGUUCUACUCUACUACGCGUCGGCUGUCAACUUCACAUCCCAACCGCCACCCACUCCCAUAGAUAUAGCAGGGCUAAAUAGACGUCUCCAUUGAUACAACAUCAGGCUCGCACAAUGGCACCAUCUGUUCUUGUUCUCGGUGGUGUCGGCUUCCUUGGAAGGCACCUCGUCGCUUACUUGGUCGAAAACGAUAUUGCCGCGAACAUCCGAGUCGCUGACAAGGUCCUCCCGGCUACGGCCUAUCUUUCCGACAAGCUCAAGAAGGUCUUUGAAGACAAGAGGGUCGAAUUCAAGCAGGCGAAUCUGGCCAACCCUGCCGCCAUUGAAAAGAUAUACACAAAGGACGACGGCUCAGCGUUCGACUAUGUCAUCAACCUCGCUGCCGAGACAAAAUACGGGCAGUCAGACGAAGUAUAUGACGAACGAACAUAUCAGCUGUCCGUUGCUGUCGCAAAGGAGGCUGCAAAGCGGAAGGUCAAGGUUUUCGUGGAAGUGAGCACUGCUCAAGUUUACGAGUCGGAUAAGAAACCAUCCACAGAAGAGAGCAAGCUCAAGCCUUGGACUGCUGUGGCGAAAUCGAAACUGAAGGCGGAGGAAGAGCUAAAGAAGAUUCCAGGUUUGAACCUGGUUAUCGUCCGACCUGCUCUGGUAUACGGCCCCGGUGAUGUCUACGGCAUCACCCCGCGUUUGAUUAUGGGAGCCGUUUACAGACAACUUGGCGAGAAGAUGGAGCUCCUCUGGACAAAGGAUUUGAGGAUGAACACCGUCCAUGUUACUGACGCCGUCCGUGGGAUAUGGCAUGUGACCGGGACAACGGCUGAGAAGGGUGGCAGAACAGGCCCAGUGGCCAGCCCUGAGAUUUACAAUCUCGCUGACCACAACGAAACAGAUCAAGGCAAGGUCAACGAAUUGAUCAAGGCUCUUUUCGGAAUCGAUACCGGUUUCCAAGGGACAAUGAUCAGUCAAUUCGCCAAGUUGAACUUGGAGUCGGUAACGGAGGAUGUCAACGAGAAGCAUCUGCAGCCCUGGUCCGAGUUGUGCAAAUCAGGCGGUGUCACCAAUACCCCGCUGACGCCCUUCUUGGACAAGGAGUUGUUGAAGGACAAUGCGUUAAGCGUUGAUGGUUCUAAGAUCGAAAAAACCCUCGGCUUCGAAUACAAGGUCCCGAACAUGACAGAAGCCAACCUCAGGGACGUCGUGACGGAGUUUGUAGAGAGCGGGAUGUGGCCAAAGGGAACCACUAAAUGAGCAUCCAAGUCAGCCAAAACAAACAUUUCCACACACUUUCACCACCCCCUAUGAACAGGAGAUAACCCUAAACCCCUUUUCUUCUGUGACACCCUCCCUCCCGCUGUUUAUUCUUUUCUUUUCUUCGACUCUCAUCGUAGGGAACUGGAAAAUUUCAUUUUCUUAGUGUAUUGAUGGUGUUCAGUUGUGAUGCGGACUUGAUAAUCGGAAAGUGACCGCGUAACAUCCCAACUUCGGCUGGAAUAGGUCUCACUUGGAAACUGAAUGCAUGCAAUUCCAACCCCCCAUACAAAAACCGUCCCAAAAACCCCCUCACCCACUCACAACGCCCCC